AUGAGCAUGGCAAGCGUCCGCUGCAAGCUGGCUCGUUACCUGGAGGAUCUGGAAGACGUAGACUUUAAGAAAUUCAAGAUGCACUUAGAAGACUAUCCUAGUCAGAAGGGCUGCACGUCGCUUCCUCGGGGUCAGACAGAGAAAGCAGAUCACGUGGAUAUAGCCACUCUGAUGAUUGAUUUCAAUGGAGAGGAGAAAGCAUGGGCCAUGGCCAAGUGGAUUUUUGCUGCAAUCAACAGGAGAGACCUUUACGAGAAAGCUAAGAGGGAUGAGCCAGAAUGGGGCUCAGACAAUGCAAAUGUUUCUGUGAUAAGCCAGGAGGAAAGCCUUGAAGAGGAGUGGAUGGGUUUACUGGGGUGCCUUUCCAGAAUCUCUAUUUGUAAAAAAAAGAAAGAUUACUGUAAGAAGUACAGAAAAUAUGUGAGAAGCAGAUUCCAGUGUAUCAAAGACAGGAAUGCCCGUCUGGGUGAGAGCGUGAACCUCAACAAACGCUUCACCAGGCUACGUCUCAUCAAGGAGCACCGGAGCCAGCAGGAGAGAGAACAUGAGCUCCUGGCCAUUGGUAGGACCUCAGCCAAGAUGCAGGAUGGCCCCGUGAGUUCCGUGAACUUGGAAUUGCUUUUUGAUCCUGAGGACCAACACUCUGAGCCUGUGCACACGGUGGUAUUCCAGGGAGCAGCGGGCAUUGGGAAAACAAUACUGGCCAGGAAGAUCAUGUUGGACUGGGCGUCAGAGGAACUUUACCAGGACAAAUUUGACUAUUUGUUUUACAUUCACUGUCGGGAGGUGAGCCUUGGGAUGCAGAGGAGCCUGGGGGACCUGAUCGCCAGCUGCUGCCCUGGCCCAAACCCACCCAUAGGCAAGAUUGUGAGCAAACCUUCCAGGAUCCUCUUCCUUAUGGAUGGUUUUGAUGAGCUUCAAGGUGCCUUUGAUGAGCGCACAGAAGCACUCUGCACGAACUGGCAGAAGGUAGAGCGGGGAGACAUUCUCCUGAGCAGUCUCAUCAGAAAAAGACUGCUUCCCGAGGCCUCUCUGCUCAUCACCACAAGACCUGUGGCCCUGGAGAAACUUCAGCACUUGCUGGGCCGGGCUCGUCAUGUGGAGAUCCUGGGUUUCUCAGAGGUCAAAAAGAAGGAAUAUUUCUUUAAGUAUUUCUCAGAUGAGCAGCAAGCCAGGGAAGCCUUCAGGCUGAUUCAGGAGAAUGAGAUCCUCUUCACCAUGUGCUUUAUUCCCCUGGUCUGCUGGAUCGUGUGCACGGGGCUGAAACAGCAGAUGGACAGUGGCAAGAGUCUUGCUCGGACAUCCAAGACCACCACUGCAGUGUAUAUCUUCUUCCUCUCCAGUUUGUUGCAGUCCCAAGGAGGGAGCCAGGAGCACCACAACUCUGCCACUCUCUGGGGUCUCUGUUCAUUGGCUGCAGAUGGAAUCUGGAACCAGAAAAUCCUGUUUGAGGAGUGUGAUCUCAGGAAUCAUGGCCUGCAGAAGGCAGAUGUGUCUGCUUUCUUGAGGAUGAACCUAUUCCAAAAGGAAGUGGACUGUGAGAAAUUCUACAGCUUCAUCCACAUGACCUUCCAGGAGUUCUUUGCUGCCAUGUACUAUCUGCUGGAAGAGGAGAAUCAGGGGGAGAUGAGGAACAUGCAGCGGAGUAGUUUGAAGCUUCCCAACCGAGAUGUGACGGUCCUUCUCGAAAACUAUGGCAAGUUUGAAAAAGGGUAUCUGAUUUUUGUUGUCCGUUUUCUCUUUGGCCUUAUAAACCAGGAGAGAACCUCCUACUUGGAGAAAAAACUGAGUUGCAAGAUCUCUCAGAAAAUCAGGCUGGAGUUGCUAAAAUGGAUUGAAGCAAAAGCCAAGGCCAAGAUGCUACAGAUUGAGCCCAGCCAGCUGGAAUUGUUCUACUGUUUGUAUGAGAUGCAGGAGGAGGACUUUGUGCAAAGGGCCAUGGGCUAUUUCCCCAAAAUUGAGAUCAAGCUCUCCACGAGAAUGGACCAUGUGGUUUCUUCUUUUUGUAUUGAGAACUGUCACCACAUGGAAUCACUUUCCCUGAGAUUGCUCCAUAACUCAUCCAAGGAGGAGGAAGAGGAAGAGGAGGAGGAGAAAGAGGAGGAAGUUCAACACUCUGAUGUGAACGAUUGUGUCCUCUCUGAUCCUCAUGUCGCAUAUUCUCAGCGAUUGGUGAACUAUCUCACUUCCAGCAUUUGCAGGGGCAUCUUCUCAGUCCUGAGCAAUAACUGGAACCUCACUGAAUUGAACCUCAGUGGCAAUACCCUGGGAGACCCAGGGAUGAAGGUACUAUGUGAAACACUCCAGCAACCUGGAUGUAACAUUCGCAGAUUGUGGUUGGGGCAGUGUUGCCUUUCCCAUCAGUGCUGCUUCAACAUCUCCUCGGUCUUGAGCAACAAUCAGAAGCUGGUGGAACUGGAUCUGAGCCACAAUGCCCUGGGAGACUUUGGAAUCAGACUUUUGUGUGUGGGACUGAGGCAUCUAUUUUGCAAUCUGAAGAAGCUCUGGUUGGUCAGUUGCUGUCUCACAUCGGUGUGUUGUGAUGAUCUCGCAUCUGUUCUGAGCACCAACCAUUCCCUGACCAGACUCUACCUGGGAGAAAAUGCUCUGGGAGACUCAGGAGUUGGAAUUUUAUGUGAAAAAGCAAAGAAUCCACAAUGUAACCUGCAGAAACUGGGGUUGGUGAAUUCUGGCAUUACGUCAGGUGGUUGUGUAGCUCUGUGCUCGGUGCUCAGCACAAACAAGAAUCUCACACACCUUUACCUACAGGGCAAUGCUCUUGGAGACGUGGGGGUCAAGCUACUCUGUAAGGGACUCUUACAUGCCCACUGCAAGCUUCAGGUGUUGGAAUUAGACAACUGCAGCCUCACGUCACACUGCUGCUGGGGUCUUUCCACACUUCUGACUUCUAACCAGAGCCUGCGAAAGUUGAGCCUAGGCAACAAUGACCUGGGUGAUCUGGGGGUCAUGCUACUCUGUGAAGUGCUGAAACAGCAGGGCUGCCUCCUGAAAUGCCUGAAGUUGUGUGGAAUGUAUUUCAAUUACGAUACAAAACGUGCGUUAGAAACACUUCAAGAAGAAAAGCCUGAGUUGACCAUUGUCUUUGAGCCUGCUCGGUAGUGGUGGAAGCAGGGCUGCCAGACGCCAAGGUUCUUUGCCUCCCCUGCCAUCUAGGUGUGGAUAAGUGGUAGUGAAUACUCCUCCAGCAGGGUUAAGACCACCACACUGUGAUUCUUCUGGUCCAGUGAGGAAGAGUGGAAGCUUGCUGAUGGUGCCUUUGCCUAGAGGAUGUGAGCAUCUCCUUUACCUCUGGGUUGAAGACACCAGGGCAAUAAAAUCAUCAAACAACACAGGUCUCACCAUAGUGCCUCAGUCAGAGGAUGUGUUCCUCUUGGUGACCUCAUGUAACUAACUCAUUCAAUAAAGCACUUUUUCUUUCUUUUUCUCUUUUUGCUCUAGCUCUCCUUUCCCUCAUAUCUUGCCCCCCCCCCCUUUUUGGUUACUUUUGACUGUAUCAUUCCUCCUGCCAUCUUUCUCUUAACUGACCAGAACAGAAUGAGUUAACUGUAUAUUAUGUUGCAAUUUUGUGGCGGCAACUUAUUUAUUUUUAAUCUUUGAACAUUUAUAUUUUCUAAUAAAAUAAUUCAUUUUAUUGUAUUGUAGCUGGUUGAAAAUUUGGAA